AUGGCUUCAGACGAGAUUGUGUGGCAGAUUAUAAACCAGCAGUUUUGCGCCUUCAAAUUAAAAACGGAGAAGCAGCAAAACUUCUGCCGCAAUGAACACAACGUCACUGGACUGUGCAAUCGCCAGUCAUGCCCUCUAGCCAACUCGCGAUAUGCCACCAUUCGGCAACAUCCGACCAAGGAUACGCUAUAUCUCUACAUGAAGACUGUCGAGCGCGCGCAUCUGCCUUCCAAGAUGUGGGAGCGCAUCAAGUUGUCCAACAACUACACAAAGGCCCUGGAGCAGAUUGACGAGAGGCUCAUUUACUGGCCCAAAUUCCUAAUCCACAAAUGCAAGCAGCGACUCACCCGCCUGACGCAGGUGCAGAUUCGCAUGCGCAGAAUCGCCGCCGAGGAUGAGCGACUGGGAGAGAAGCUGGUUCCCAAGCUGGCCCCCAAGGUCAGGCACCGUGAGGCGACGAGAGAACGCAAGGCCGAGGCCGCGGCCAAGCUGGAGAGGACCAUCGAGAGAGAGCUGCUUGAGCGUCUGAGACAGGGCGCUUACGGCGACCAGCCCUUGAACGUCAGCGAGGACAUCUGGAAGAAGGUGCUGAACGCCAUGGAGAAGGGAGGCGAGGGUGAGCGAGACGAGGAUAUGGACAAGGGCAUCGAAUCCGACGAGGAAUUCGACGGCAUUGCUGAAAGCGGAGACGAGGACGCCGAUGCUGCUGUUGAAUACGUCUCCGGCGCUGAGGAGAGCGAAGACGAGCUCGAGGACCUCGAAGACUGGCUGGAGAGUGAGGAAGAGGAGGAAGAGGAGGACAGCGACGAAUCCGAGGCCGAAAAGGCCGGCAGCAAGCGCAAGCGUGGCAAGGUCACCAAGAUGAAGAACAAGCGACCGAAGCAGCAGGAGAAGGAGAAGCUGGCCUUGACCAACGACCUGGCCUGGUAA